AUGUGUAUCGUGUACGUUCGAUAUGUUAUAAAUAAUGAAACAAGAACAGAUUAUUAUGGCUUAUUAGAUUUAGAAGGUGAUGGAACAUCAAAAAAUAUUGUUAAAAAUCUAAUAAGUUUAUGGAAGAAAGAUGAUUUAAGACCACGUCACUCGUGCUGGUUAUCAACUGAUAAUGCAUUCACGUUUACUGGUGCACAUGGAGGUGUAAUUGCUCGACUACGUGAUUAUUUAGCAACUGAUUGUUUGGAAAUGAACGCCUGUGUUGCUCAUUCGUUUUCACUUGUAGGUUCUCAAUCAUGUUAUGUUCUUAAAACACAAAGAUCUCAAUCUUUAUUAGGUUGUUUACAAGAAACAAUGUUUGAUUGUAAUGUAUCAAAUCUUGAUCGUGAAAAUGCAAAAGAUUUAUUUAAUACAAUAUUAGAUGAUGAACUUCUAUUUCUAAUCCACAUGCAUCAUGAUCUUCAUGAAUCUAUUCUCAGUCCGAUCACAAAAGCAAUGCAAAAUGAUCAACUUACGUAUUUCAAUAUGAUGGAAAUGAUAAAAGAAAAAAUGAAUAUUUUAAAAAGUUGGACAUUUCAAUCAUCAUCUGCUAAUGGUGCUUCAUUAUUCGAUUAUAUUGAAUCAACAAAAAAUGGUACAUUUGGUGCAUUUAAAAUCAAAUUAGGUGAUCGUCAAAAAUUUUCAAAUGAUUGUCGAGAACAUAUUUCUCGAUUACUUGAAGAAUUAACUAAACGAUUCGCUCCAUCAGUUGUUCAAGAAAAUUUAUCUAUUUUGUUUGAUCCUCAAUAUUUAAUUCAACACAAGAAUGAUAUCAGUUCAACUGAAUAUGGACGAGGUGCAAUUGAUUUUUUACGUAAGAAAUAUAAAAAUUUCGUUGGUUUUGAUUCUACUUCUGUUCGUAAUGAAUGGGAUUCUCUUAAACCUGCAUUAAGUAAUUAUAUAAAUAGUCUUCCAAGUGAUUAUGCAGUUAAAGAAUUUUGGAAAAGCUUUAUUUUAUUAAAACAAACAACAAAUAGUCUUUUUAAUGAUCAAUACAAGAAUAUUUUUCUUUUACUCAACAUAUAUUUAAUUUCACCAACAAAUUCUGUUGAAUGCGAAAGAGGUUUUUCUGCUAUAAAUCGUGUACAAACAAUUGGAAGAUCUCGUUUAAUGGUAUCAACAUUAGAUGCUUUGAUGACUAUAAGGAUGUUGCUGAAAGAUGAUUUACGAAGUUCUAGAUGUGAACAAGUUGUUAGUAAAGCAUUUGAAUCAUGGAACGAUCUAGAUUAUAAUCGUCGUUUCCAUCAAAUACAACUUUUAAUUGAUGCACCUGAUGAUUAUGAACCAGUAAAACAAAUCAGAUCAACUGUCAAAAGAAAUAUUUCAUCAAUUCAUCCAGAAAUUAUGUACAAAAAACCAAAAAAACCAAAAGCUAAAGCAAUAAAAUGUGCUAAUGGAUGUAAGACGGAAGUAUCAGAUGAUGAUCCAUGUCAAAAUGAAGCUAUUCAAUGUUGUCAUCAAAGCGAACAAUUUGAAUGGAUUGAUUAUGAUGAAAAUUGUUCUCGUUGGCUCUGCAACAAAUGCAGAAUUAAAUUUGGUAUUAGCAUCAAUUCUUUAUGGUUUUGUUGUGAUCAUGAAGAUAUGCACGAAAAUGAAGAUGAAAAUCAAGAAAAUUGA